AUGGCUGAAGACGAAGUGCUAUUCGAUGAUGUAUACGAAUUGUGUGAAAUUAUUGGCAAGGGCCCAUUCAGCCUUGUCAGAAGAUGUGUGCAUCGGCAGACUGGACAGCAAUUUGCUGUUAAAAUUGUUGAUGUGGCACGGUUUACUGCUAGCCCAGGAUUGAGUACUGCUGAUCUCAAACGUGAGGCUACAAUAUGCCAUAUGCUAAAACAUCCCCAUAUUGUGGAACUCCUUGAGACCUACAGCUCUGAGGGCAUGCUGUAUAUGGUUUUUGAAUAUAUGGAUGGAUCUGACUUAUGUUUUGAAGUGGUUCGUCGAGCCACAGCUGGAUUUGUUUACAGUGAAGCAGUCGCAUGCCACUACAUGCGUCAGAUACUCGAGGCGCUUCGUUACUGCCACGAGAACGAUAUAGUGCACCGUGAUGUGCGUCCGCACUGCGUCCUACUCGCGGGUAGAGACAACUGCGCGCCGGUCAAGCUGGGCGGGUUCGGGGUCGCCGCGCAGUUGCCCACGCCCACUGCCCACCGGGCUCCACCUGAACUGGUGAUGGACAAUCGACCUCUAGUGGGUCCUAUGGGCCAAGCGUAUCUCAAAUCCGAUGAGUAUGGACGUAUCGGAACCCCCCACUACAUGGCACCGGAGGUGGUUUCAAGUCAAUUGUAUGGAAAACCAGUGGAUGUAUGGGCUGCGGGUAUACUCCUGCACGUGCUGUUGGUGGGAUACUUGCCAUUCACGGGCACUAGAGAGCGGCUGUUUGAGGCAAUUUGCCGUGGGAGAUUACGUUUCGACGCGCCACUUUGGGACGAUAUAAGCGAUGCCGCCAAAGACCUCGUCCAACGCAUGCUGACGGUAGAUCACACGCAAAGGAUAAACAUACAGGAAGUGCUUAACCAUCGAUGGAUUAGGGAUCGCGAUAAGCAAAAUCGUAUCCACCUAUCCGGUACAGUGGAAGAGCUGAAGAAGUUCAACAGCCGCCGUCGCCUGCGCGCCGCCACGCUCGCCGCCGCCUCCGCGGACGACGACGACGACGAGCAGCCGGCGCGGCGGCAGGCGCUGCUGGAGGAGGCCAGUGCCGCUGCUGUCAAUCUCGUAGUGGAAUCAUUGGAUGACGUCGCGGUUCUCCAGGACGGACCUUCCUUCAUGGACCCGGAUUUGUUCCACAGUGUAUUGGACGAUAUACAAUUGCGAUCCCUAUUAGAGGUGUACGACCGCAUAGCGUGCACGGUGGUGGUGACGAGCGGGCGCGCGCCGGCGGCGGAGGGGCGGGCGCGCGCGCGCGGCGCGCUGGAGGCGGCGGCGCGGCCGCGCGCGGGCGCGGGCGCGGCGCCCGCCACCGCCGCCGGCGUGCACGACCUGCGCCGGCUGCUCGCCGCGCCACAUGUCAAGGUUGGUCACGCUCGCUUACAUGAUUUGCUC